AACCCCCCUUUCCCCCACUCUCCUCUAAGAUCCUCCGUUUCUUUCGAUUACGCACCCGAAAAAACAAAAACAAAAAAAACCAAAAGGGCAGAAAUCGAUUUCAGCAUCAGUUUUCAUUUCUGUCUGUGUCGGGACUCGGGAAAAUCACUAUGUAUGGACAUAGAGACACGGCGAUAAAGUUGUUUGGGAGGACAAUAACAUCGUUUCAUGAUGAUCCAUUGUCUUCCUCCACUGUUCCCUCUUGUUCUCUCGGCAAGGAGGCUUCUUCCUCUUCCUCGUCCUCUUGUUGUCCCUCGUUUGAACCAGAUAAGGUGAAGAAGAAGAAGAAGAAGAAGCCGAUUGCAGAUGACAACAGCAGCUUCAAAUAUCCUCUGAUGUCACCUGAUCUCAACGAGGAGCCAGAAACGGGUUUGGAGAAUUCAUCGCCAAGAAGCUCAAAGAACAACGGAGAUCAGCACAGCGAGGUGACAAGCGAAUCACCAGAGAAAACAGCCAUGAAGAAACCGGACAAGAUCCUGCCAUGUCCGAGGUGCAAGAGCACUGACACCAAGUUCUGUUACUACAACAACUACAACGUGAACCAGCCACGUCACUUCUGCAAGAACUGUCAGAGGUACUGGACCGCUGGCGGAUCCAUGAGGAACGUCCCCGUUGGAUCAGGCAGACGCAAGAACAAAGGUUGGGCCUCUUCUCCUCCGAAUCAGUACCUUCAGAUCGAUUCCGACAAUAACAAAGGCAACAACUCGGCAACGAUUCUCAAUUUCGGGUCAUCUGGUUUCAUGGUGACUGAUCCUGGCGAAGACCGUAACGGAGACAUGAAGGGAACCGCCGAUUCUGCUUCACAGAUCGUCAAGAACAACGGUUUUCUUGCUCCGCAAGUAACGUUUCCAGUUCUGCCUCAUUGGCCUUAUGGAUGGAAUCCCGCAAUUUCCAACUCUAAUUUCUACCCUAUGCCCUUCUACUGGGGCUGUACAGUUCCGCUGUGGCCUCCAAACACUUCCCAAUGUCAAGGGAAAAGAACAAGAGAUCAAACUUCACUUGAAACAGACACAAGCUCCAAAGGUACUGACAGGGAGAGAGUUGAUGAAAUAAGCGAAUCCACUAGAAGCUUCGUAAAGUCAAAGUCAGCGAUCAGAGUGGAGAAGACGACUGGCCAGGACAAGAACAGUACGGACAAGGGAUUGGCUAACAAUAGAAGCUUAGUGUCUGAAUCAUCUAUGGCUUUGCAAGCCAACCCUGCUGCCUUGGCUCGAUCCCUCAACUUCCACGAGAACAACUCAACUGUAAACGACAGGAUCUGACUCUCUCUCUUACAUACAUAGAGAGACGAUUCAAGAACUGAUUUAUAUGUAGAUAUUUUGUUAGACAAUAACUCUGCGAAUCAUCAAUAUACCUUAAAGAGAUAUGGGGUUAUUUCAUGAAUACCCAUAUGUUGGAACCUUAAUCUCAAUCCGACAUUUCUACU